CUAUUGCUCAAAAAUCUUGUGAGGGCCAAUAGAAAUUUGCGCACCGAUCGCUGAAUAUCGAUCUCGGAAAUUUCGCUGCUGCCGAAAAGUAUGCAACAAAAUUUGUACGCAACGUUGAAGCCUGAGGAAUAAAACACUAGAAAACCCUUUCAGACUGACUUCAACUCUGAUCAUGGAGCUAAUUGUGUGUGUCUGUGAUUAUUGGAGCCAUCGCCACUUCUACAAUCGGCCCGUGCCUGAUCGCAUCCAAAUGCUCUGCGGCGGCGAGGGCAACGCUACGGUCAAGACGGAGCCUGUGCGUCGCUUGGUGCUGGAGCUGGAUGCAGUGCGUGGCAACUAUGUGCUGCGGGAGCUGCUGCAGCAGCGUGUGCUGAAGCAGUGGCUGUUGCGAGAACUGGGCGUUCGGCUGGUCUGGCUGAGAUUUCAGAUGCCACAGCGCUGGUCCAUCGACUACAAGUGGGCGGAGAUGCUGGCGCACACCAUUUGGACGCACAUUAAGCUGGAGCACCUGAUGUGCUGGCUGUCCACGCUGGGCGGUGGCUACUCGGCGCUGGGCGAUCAGUUCGCCAGGUGUGCACAGACAGCGGGUGAGAUCUCACUGCAGCAGCUGGCGAUUGGCCUGCGCCUGGGCGAUCCCUUCCUGCAGGCGCGUUGCAAGCUCUACUACAGCAUCUCCUUGAUACAACGCGGACAGCUGCGCAGCGCCAAGUUCCUCAUCCGCGCUCAGUACCGCUUCGCCUGUGGAUUGCACAAGAAGCGCGACAAGCGCCUGAUGCGCAUGUGCCUGGGCGUCUGGCAGCGCCUCUGCUACGAGUACGAGCAGAGACAGAAGCAACGUCUAUCAAUUGAAAAUGGAAAACGAUUCGAAUGA